AUGGCGACCACGGACGCGGAGUCCAUGAAGCGCGCUUUCGAGGACGUCGGGUUCGACGUCGACGUCGCCCUGCCCGAGCUCGCGCACAUGCGAACUCGGCUGCGAAUGUCCCCGACGGAAGUCGCGAAUGUCUAUCAGAUGUUCGACCUGAACAUCGUCUCGAAAUCGAGCGCAGACGUCGUGGACCGAGGGAAGGUAUCGAUCGAGCGCCUGGAGGCGUUCGAGGCGUUCGCGGAGCGAGAACGGGGACGAUCGUUGGAGUCCAAGGAGGACGCCGGCGGGAGCGGAUUCGGACGCAAGCGGAGACGGGCGAAGAGCGGAGGCUCGACGCCUGGAUCGACGAGUGGAACGCCUGGAAACUAUGUGACGACGUCACCGGGAACGCCGGGGACGCAGAGAAGGUUUUCGUUCUCGAGCGCGACGAAGACGCCGAUGAAGCACGCGCGGGAGUGGAGCGCCGAGUUGGACGCGCUCGGCGAGAGCGGCGAGAGCGAGUAUAAGAGACGCGCGGUGACACCCGGGAGCGCGCGAUCGGAUGCGAGCCUAGCGUCGCAACCGGGCGGUGUGGGGGCGAUCUUGAACGAACACCUCGCGGAGAAGAUUGCGUUGAAGACGGAUUCAGACGUCGCUGACGUCGUCGCCGUCGAGCACUUGGGUACGGAAAAGUUUCGAUACAUGCGCGAUAGGAUUUCCGAUCGCGUUCGCAUGAUCGAUGCGCGCGUGCGAGAAGUCGAGACCAGAUUCGCGGUCGCCGUGGAAGCCGACGACGACGCGGCGGUUGCGACGCAAGACGACGCGGCGGUUGCGUCUUCGUCCGCCUUUGUCUCCCCGGUCGGAUCCAAGACGGGCGACGAGGACGGGCAUUUCGUUGGACGCAUUGUCAGCGCACACGUCGGUUCAGACGGAAAGCUCACCGAUAAGACGGUCGCUCUUGAGGGUUCGAUCGACGGGAGCUCGGGAGCGCGCGUGCGCUUGGAGCUUCGAGACCUCGAGUCGUACAGCUUGUUCCCGGGUCAAGUCGUCAAGGUCCGCGGCCGUAAUCCCGCAGGCCACUGCAUCGUCGCUAAAUACAUCGACACCGACGUCUCGGUCAAGCCAUUCGCUCGAUCGAAGACGGACUCGCCCGUGUUCAAGAGAGGCGCCGAGGUGAUUGUCGCUUCUGGCCCGUUUUCGUGCUCCAGCAAUUUGCGAUACGAGCCCCUUCACGACUUGCUCGAGUACGUACGAGAGGAGAAACCCGACGCCUUGGUGCUGUGUGGGCCGCUGCUCGACGCCGAAAACGCGUUGGUCAAGUCUGGAGAUCUCGGUGAAAAGUUCACGUACUAUGACGUGGCGGCGAAGGUCGUGGCCAAGCUCGAGGACGAACUGCGCGAACGGGGCACCAAGGUCAUCUUUGUCCCGUCUGCACGCGACGUGACGCUCGAUCCGGUGUUCCCUCAACCUGCGGCGAGCGUGGAUGAAUUCGUCACCGAUAGAUCUCGAGUGGUAUCCGUGUCCAAUCCGGGGACUUUUGAGAUUAACGGCGUCGUCUUCUCUGCGUGCGGCGUCGACGUUUUAAAACACCUGAGUGCGAGGGAAAUUUCUCAAGGGCACGCACCGAAGGAACGUCUCGGUCGACUCGCCGGACACGUCGUUCGCCAAGCGCACGCGUACCCGUUGUAUCCGCCAGAUGUUUCGACGUGCCUGGACGCGCGUCACGGUGAUGCGUUGGCGUUCGAACGCGCGCCGGAUGUGUUGAUUUUGCCGAGCGAUUUGAAAGCCUUCGCGGAGGUGUGCGAGGACGUCGUCUGCGUGAAUCCAGGGAGAUUGGCUCGCGGUAACGUCGGGGGGACUCUUGCGAAGAUUGUCGUGCAUCCAAUUGAUUCGAUGGAGAGCGACGACGCCGAUGCUGACGCGACGCGUCCGCACGAAGUUCAAAAGCGUUGCCGCGUCGACGUCAUAAAAAUCAAGUAG